AUGAUCUCUGAUCAGUUACAGAAGAAUUCAAACAUCAGUGCUGGUUUUGUGCUCUAUGAGAAUGACCUCCUCUUCAGGUCAAGAGCCUUUCAGCCAACACUUAACACCAGGAGGAUGGUGAUCUCUGGAACUCUGGGAGAUGUCAAAGCCCAACAUGUGACCUUGCGGUUCCUACCCAUGAAUGUGUCCAAGAAAUCCCUGCAUGACUUUGCCUGUGUGUUCUGGGACUACAGCGUAAAUGACUGGAGCACUACAGGAUGCUCCAAAGCCAACCUCUCGACGGGCUCUCUCCAGUGUAGCUGUAACCACACCACUAACUUCGCUGUACUGAUGUCUUUCAGGAUGGACCAUAAAUAUGCUGAGUCACUGAGUGCGAUCAGUAUUGUGGGGUGCUCUUUGUCAAUAUUGGGGCUGAUAAUAACUGUGAUAUUCCAGAUUAUUACCAGGAAGUCCAGAAAAAGUGCUCCCACGGUUCUCCUGGUUAACAUCUGUGUGUGCUUGACCAUCUUCUACUUCCUCUUCCUGUUUGGAAUUGAUAACCCCAACCGGAAUUUGAAGACAGACUCCAGUGUGUCAGAGAAAAACGUCAUCCUGCCCUCUGACCUCCAUCAGGAUCCUGAUAGAGGUCCCUGCACUGCCCUCACGGCCCUGAUGCAGUACUUCCUGUUGGCUACAUUCACCUGGAACACUCUCUACGCAGUGCACAUAUUCAUUCUCAUCAGAAAAACCCUCUCAGGCCCACCAAGUGGAAUCCUCCUGAUCUCUUUAGUAACGGGAUGGGGACUUCCCGCUGUUGUGGUUGCAAUCUCACUGGGAGUGGCCUACAGAGUGAAUAAUCCUUUGGGCUAUAGACGGGAAGAUUUUUGUUGGCUUGAGUCUUUGAACCAAGAUGGGAAGUUUGACUUCGGAAAGCCAAUGUUUUGGGGCUUUUUGCUUCCAGUAGCUAUAAUGCUACUUUUAAAUACGGCAGUACUGAUACACUUCGGAUUUGCUACAUGCAAGAAGGAUCCUUUGUUAAACAGCACUGCACACACCUCCAUGAGGAAGAGGUUCCUGAGCAGCUUUUCUCUUGGUGUUCUGCUGGGCCUCACUUGGGUUCUGGGCUACCUGGUGCUCUCUACCACGGGCACCACAAGCUACAUCUUCAGCAUCUUAUUCUGUGUGUGCAAUACCACCCAGACGGAAGUACAUUCUAUGGAGAUCCAGAAAACCAAAGAAUGA